CCUCGAUUUGAUUUCACAGGUAGCCCAGUCUUGUGCUUUUAGUUAAAUGGGCUAAUUGUGUUGCUCUUUAGGCUACAGUUAAUGAGACACGGUCGUGGUUUUAGCAGACUUCCCGGACUUCCCGCACUAGUUUGUCUGGCAGCUCACACUAGGACACAACAGUUCUCGCAGAUAGGCUACGCUGCAUCCUUUGUUUGGGGUCCCUCCUGAACUUCGCAAACUUGUUCGCUCUUGGCUCCCACGACACCCUCGAGGGAGGAUGGCUGCCAUCAAGGCGCUGCAACAGUGGUGCAAGAACCAGUGUGAUGGCUACAAAAAUGUGGUAAUCACGAACAUGACAACGUCUUUCAGAGAUGGAUUAGCGUUCUGUGCGUUGAUCCAUAAAUACAGACCGGAUCUCAUAAACUAUGAGUCUCUCAGAAAAGAGAAUAUUUAUGAGAACAACAAACUGGCCUUUCAUGUGGCCGAGGAGCACUUGGGGAUUCCCGCCCUGCUGGAUGCAGAGGAUAUGGUGGCCCUGAGCAUCCCUGACCGACUCAGCAUUCUCACCUACGUCUCCCAGUACUACAACUACUUCAAUGGCCGCUCCCCAAUUGGAGGGGUGGGCGGUGUUAAGAGACCUGCUGAAGACUCCAAGGAGGAGCCGUCCGAGAAGAAGAACCUUCCGGUUGUUUCCAAAGUCUUCAGCCACAAAAGAGCCAUCGAGAACUGUCCUCCAGCCCCACUCAUCCAGAAACCGUCACCACAGCUUAAACCAGAACCAGCUGCCCAACAGAAGGCUGUUUUAGUGGAGAGCUCUAAUAAAACUGGCACCCUGAAUAGCAAAUGUGCUGUUUGCAAGACCCAUGUACAUUUGGUGCAGCGCCACCUAGUGGAUGGGAAAUUGUACCACAGGAGCUGUUUCAAGUGCAGUGAAUGCUCAAACCCUCUCCUGCCAGGGGCAUACAAGACGGGACCUGAACCAGGGACAUUUAUCUGCAAUGCACACCAGAAUGGCUACAAGUCCUCACUUCCCAGAGCUGCACAAAAGAGCAUAGCUGACCCUGUAAAACCCCCCACUACUCCUGCUACUCCUGCAGUGCAGCUACAGGUGCCAAAGAAAGAUGACAAGACCCAGCCUGCAGUCCCAAAGACCGCCUCCAUGCUAACUGUCCCUGGGAAAGCCACUCCCAGGCCCGUGGAGCCCAGUCCAGCGCCGCAGCCAUGGACCCCCUCAGCGCAGAGGACCCAGGCGGCCAGACGGCAGUUCUUCCAGUCCUCCACCCAGGCUCCAUCCUCAGCUCCAUCCUCAGCUCCAGCUCCAUCCUCAGCUCCAGCCCCGGCGCUUUCCUCCGCUGAGGCUCUAAGAGAAUCCAUUGCCCAUCGGCCGGCGCCAGUGCCAACAGAAGCUGGCACCGCCCCGUCCAGAGCUCCGUCCAAGCCAGAGGAGAAGGAGCGUGCCCGGGCACUGAUCAGCAGGAAACUGGGCGAGGGGAACUGCAACAAUAACAACACAGCGUAUCAGUUUGGCUGCAGGACUGAUAAUAAUUGGUCUGGGAAGGGGCUGUGCUCUGCCGGGGCGCCCAGCUGGAGGCUGGAGAAACACAGCCAAGGCACGGCGGGGGGUGGGGCGGCCCCUGCACACCCCACCACCAGCACCACUAGCACCCCCAUCCCCACCCCCAUGCCUGCCAUCAGCACCAGUUCCUCCUCCUCCUCCACCUCCACCUCCUCCUGCAGCAGCAAGGAAUCCCUCUGGCUGGCUGCCAUCAGGGAACGAGAGCGAGCGAGUGCGAGAGCUCCCCCCAGCCCCGUCGCCGUGGCCACCACUGCCUCCUCCUCCUCUUCCUUCUCCUCCUCGUCUUCUGCGCUCGCCUGCGGUGCCAAAGCCAAACCCAUAGCUGGUUUAGACGUCUCUGCAGCUGACUGGCGAUCAAAGCUCCAGCCCGUCUCAAAUGGACCAAGCCUGAAAUCUCCUGAACCCGCUAAAGGGUUGCCCCCCAACCCUGUGGAGAACAAGCCUACUAUGACCUACAAGGCUAGUCUAUGCAUCACCGUGACCUCGACCGCUUCUGAUAAGCUCCACUCCUUAACCAGCCCUUCCUCAUCAGGGUCCAGCAGUUACAGACCCCCCUCUGUCCAGCAGCCUGGGAGGAAAAGCUCAGGGGGUUAUGCUUUAGCAGAGUCAGCAUCCUCCCACCAGACUGCUGCGGUCACCAGUAGCUCCUCAGCCAGCGAUCCCUCCAGAGUCAAAGCUUCGUCUCCAAAGCAGCGGCGACGUGGGUCUGCAGGCUUUGGCUCACAAAAUGGAAGCCACCAUGCUAAUAGCUCAUCGAAUGGUUUGUCCUGUUGGACACCCCCUGUGUCCAGCAGUGUCCAACUCCAACCCUAUAGAGCCUUCUCACCCAAACCGCUGCGUAGGGGUUCAGCUGGAGCUGCAGGAUCUAGGAGUGGGGAUUCUAUAUCAACUGGACCCACACCGCGUUGGGUAACCCCAGUUACUGUCCGCAUGUCUCCAAGUGAGUCCACCAACCACAAGGCUCCAUCUGCACAGCAUACACCUCAUAGAGUUCCUGUUGAACAGGGUUCUACAAAUGGACAUCACUCAUCAGAGGAAAUGGCUUCUGUCACUAAAGUGAGGUCACCAGCCAAAACGCAUCACGUUCCGAUGGAUGAGCUUGUGAAGGAGCUUGGGGAGAUCGAGGAGAACCUGAACGAGUUGGAGAGGGAGGGGGUGGACUUGGAGAAGAGGCUCAGGAGCUGUGAGGAAGAGGGAAGAGGGGACCUCCUUAUGGACCCGCUGAUGGUUGACUGGUUCAAUCUCAUUCGCAAGAAGCAGGGCUACAUGAGGCGGGAGUCGGAGCUGGUCUACAUAGCCAGAACUCAGGAUCUGGAGGAGCAGCAGCCUGGAGUGGAGGGUGAGCUGCGGAGGCUGCUGGACAAGCCAGAACACCUCAAGAGCGAGUCGGAGCGCCGGCAGCAGUCGGAGCUGAUGGACCGACUCCUGGAGAUCAUCAACGACCGGAAUGCCAUCGUGGAAGGCCUGGAUCAGGACCGGCUGAGGGAAGAGGAGGAGGACCAGCAGUUGAAUGAAAUGAUGCAGAAACUUGGUAUGAAGAGGGCGAAGAGCAAAAGGCAGUCAUCUUUCUCCAAACUGUUCAGGAGGAAGAGCAAGAGGGUGGUGGCUGAGGGGUGAUCAGCAGCAGACUGAUGGGAAAGGGCUAGUCCCCAGUUGGCCCACACAAGGCUGUUGGAGGUGCUCAUGUUUUGCGGUGCUGCACGGCUUGAGACUCGGUGCACUGAAAUGUUGGCUUGUUUGUGUUCCGUUGUAGGUUUUUCCACCACUUAGCAGAGCAGGGUUUUUUGAAUGUAUCACAGUAGUCUUGGGGGUUUUGUUUUGGUUUGAUUUUUGUUUAUAUGUGUUUUUAAUAUAUACUUUACCUCAUGUUAGUCUGUUUUAUCUACAUUCACGUUUUCUACUCCUAAAAGGAAAUUAAUGUAACUCAUAGAUACCCUUUUCUUUUGAGUACUAAGUUAAAAUAACUUUCCAGCACUAAUCUGGGUUUAUGAAGGUAUGGAGUAAAUAAGUAUGUAAUAAUAACAAUAAUGGCAUACAUGUUCUCUUUAUUUGUGUACAAAGCAAUUUAAUCACAAUUAAUAAUAAUGUCUUUAUAGUGAUAUAUGAUGAAUGUUUUGAGAAGUCUCUCUGAAAAUGGAAAUGUCGUAGCCAGUGUAUCACUGAACAAUUAGACUAGGAAAGUGCUACAUCACUACUCACAUUUGUAAGGGCUGUCGGGUGUAAUUCCAUCUCAGUGCUGAGGGGGGCAGUAUAGCUUCAGCAGCAGUCUCAGCAGCAAAUCCCAUUUUCUUCUCCACAAAUUACUUAUGCCUGAGCUAAUUUCAUAUAUGCCUUGGAAUGUUAAAUUCAUCCACAGAUUAUGUAGUGGAGAGGCUUAUGCAGUACAGUUUAUAAGGGGGUUUAAAUAUUAACCAGGUUUAAUGAAACCUAAAUGCACUGUAAUGCAUCCUCUAAGUUGUGUAUUUUUUAAUGCUUGCGAUGAAAAUACUUUCGAUGUUCAGUUGUAUAAUUCCCAUUUUAACAAAUGCAGUGUUUUAAAGAUUUUUUAAGGGGUUAUUAUUAAACAAAGGAAAUGUUAUGAAUGAAAUCUUUAAAUGUUUGAUUGAUGAAUGGAAUGGUAAUGUCUACAAACAACAUAUUUGUUUAACUUUAAUCAUGUUUUU